GUCGAUCUUGCUAUAGUGUACCACUUGUCUCAGAAGAUCAAGCCGGGGGAGCUGAAGAAAUACUUUGUGCCAUUUCUAGUGGCAGCGGUUGAGAAGGCCAACAUUGACAACGGCGACGUUAGGGUUGCUCUUGUCAGCUUCGCCAGGAAGGCCCGUGUUGUAUUUAAUCUUGCCAAGUUCAAAACUUCUGCUUACGUAAUCAAGAAGAUAAAUGAAAUUAGUCCUAAAGAGAGAGCAAAGAGAUCAUCUGGUGGCAGCGCACUAAGUGAGGUUCGAACCAAGAUCUUUACAGCAGCAGGUGGAGACCGCGAUGGAGUUCCAAACGUCAUCUUGCUUGUUACAGACGCCAAGACUUCAGAUGACCAGAAAGAUUUUCUUCGCGAAGCAGCCACGCUUAUAGAAAGCGGUGUCAAGAUUAUCACCGUCGGUGUAAAAUCUGCCGAUGCACAGGAGUUGAGAAGUGUAUCUAGCCCGCCUGUGGAGGAACACGCAGUCUUCGCCAAGAGCUACUCAUCCAUUGCAGCACAAGAGAUCAUAACUUCCAUCCACAAAGCUAUCCCAGCAUUGAACCAAGUUGAUCUGGCCUUUGUGAUUCACUUUGAGCCUCGCAGAAGUCAAGAGGAGUGGAACCUUCUUAUAUCCUAUAUCCAGUCCAUAGUAGAGACAGCUGAUGUCAGUGGAGGAAGGGUUCGAGUCUCUCUCUAUUUUGAUGGCAGCGGUACUGCUUUCAGACUCAACAGAUACAAUACAAAUGAGGAACUUCUUUCUGCCAUAGGAAGGCUGACUAAAAAUUAUGCCAGUGCAACAAGAUUUGAUCUGUUGACCACAUUGAGACGAGUCCGGUCAGAAAUAUUUGUUGCUCAGAAUGGAGACAGAGAGAAUGUGCCUAAUGCUGUUAUCAUUAUUACAGACACCAAUUCUGGACAAGAUAAGCGAAGGAUCAGUGAAGAAAAAACUCAGCUGGCCCAAGCUGGUAUUGGAGUCUACAGCUUUGGCAUUGGUUUGCGGGACAAGGCAGAAAUUGAAGGCAUUGCCUUUUCAGCAAAAAAUGUGUUCUCAUUCUCUGACUAUGGGGAUCUUCAACAGUAUGGAUCUGUACUGAAAAAAGAGAUUGGUGCAUUAAACACAAGACAGGUGUCUGGAAGAGUGGAAGAAACCAAAGUCACACAGCCACCUGCUGUUAUUGCCACAGAGAAAGCUGAAGUUGGAACCAGUUGUACUGGUGCCAGGAUUGACCUUGUCUUUGUCUUGGAUGCUUCAACCAGUGUGACAGCGGAGAACUUUGACUUAAUAAAGGACUUUAUCAAAGUCUUCUUGUACGAAGCUGAAAUAGAUGGAGGGACUGUCCGAGUUGGCCUUCUCAUUUACAGCACAGACGUCCAUAUUCAGUUUCACCUGAACCAGUACAAGACCAAAGUGAACCUGUUCAACGCUAUCGAUGACAUCCCAUAUCGACACGGCAGCACGAACACGGCAGAUGGCCUGAAAGUCAUGAGAACAGAAAUGUUCACAUCUGAGAAUGGGGACCGACGGGAUGUUGACAACAUUGCCAUAGUGAUCACAGAUGGCAUCUCCAAUAUCAAUGCAAGGAGAGUCCUCCCAGAGGCAGAACAAGCUCGGGCUGUUGGCAUCCACAUUUAUGCGAUAGGAAUAGGUUUGACUGACACCAGGGAGUUGGAUGGUAUUGCCAGCAAGCCGCUGGAGAAGAACAGAUUUACAGUUUCAGAGUUUUCAGAAUUGAACAAUCUAAAACAGAAUAUUUUUGCAUCUAUUUGUGAAGGUAAGAAUUAUAUUAAUGUCAUAUGUUUUGUGAAAUU